CCCUUGCCCGCCCCCUCUGCCCGGUGCCAGCCGGCUGCCUCCGGGUGGAGGAGGUCUGGGAGGGGGCGAUAAAAUGGCGGCGGGGGCGGAGUGAGGCGCUGUCGUUCGCCCUGGCUUCGGCCCGGCUUUCCGAGGAAGGUGGGAGUCAAUCAUUUUGACAAGUCUCCUGAAAGGAACAGCUCACAAGAGCUGAAAUCUUAUUCCAUCUGGCCUCGUGGUAAAGGCAGAGAUCACGCCAUCAGCUCCACACAAUAUGACGUGCUCACUAGUGCCCUCUGAACAGUCUUCUGGUACCUCUUUUUCACCUAAAGAUAGUGCCCCAUUUUCUGGGGGUUCCUUGGAUAAGGAUGAAUUGAAUGAUUCCUUGCUAGAGCUAUCUGAAGGAGAAGAAGAUGAUGGAUUAUUCAGUUUUACAGAGGAAGAGGUUCAAGAGCUCUUGAAGGAUGAUGACCCAUCAAAUGAGAACACUUGUAGAGCAGGGCUUCUUAAAGAUGACGAUAGCCAUGUCAAGAAGGAAGGAGAAGGGAGUCAAAUUCAAAGUGAUGUGCCCCAAGAGAAAGAUUCAUUGAGCAGCUUAGGUCCAGUAGAUGAGACCCCUGGCCUCUUCAAACUACCUCAACUAACUACAUCACCUGGUCAUGGACCAUCUCCUACUAAACCACUAAACGGACAUUUUACAGUAGAAAAGAAUCUCAAGAAAAUAACAGUUGUUGCACCAUUUGAUCCAACAGUUUGCUGUGCUGUGCUUGAUAAGGAAAAGUCUGACUCAUCUAGAGAUAAUGAAAGUAAGAUAACAGAAGAUGGUCUUAGCCCAAAUGAGACCAACCUUUGCACUGAAUCUGAAGGAACUGGCCCUAGUAACUCUGCCCAAAAGGGGUCUCAUUUCCCUUUUCCUUCAAACAGUAAGAAAACUGUCUCUGUAGUCUCUCAAACCUUGGACCACUCAGAAACUCCCCAAGAAGUCCAGUCAUCAUGGAAAAAUGGAUCACAUAAAUCAAGUGAAAUGAGUUCUCCAGUUAUUUCCACUUCAUCAGACAAAAGGCAGGGUGCUCUUGGCAAGGAUUCUGAGAAGCUAAAAAUCCAAGAGAGAAGACUAGGUAAAGUCAUUCCUGUUCUACAAACCCAAACCAGGACUCAUGCUCCUCAAGCAGAUCUAGAAGCAGAGAAGCAAAGGUAUCUCAGUAAUGUCAUUGCUCACAUAGAAGGCUCAGAGGAUGCUAACCAAGGUACUUGGGGGGAGCUCUAUGCCUUAAUGGAUCAAGUUCAUCAUACGCAUACCCCAAAGUGGCAGCAUCCUUCAGACCUUACCAAACGAAACUAUGCCCGGUUCCGACAGAAUUCCCGGCAAAGAUACAGUCUGACUCAGUGGGUUGAUAGAAAUGAACGAAGCCACCAUCGAUUCCAACGGCUCCCAUGCACUCCUUUCGUCUCAUCUCAGCAGCAGUGAAGGUCCUCGGUCAGGAUCCUGUCCAAGGCAGCAUCUCUUCUGUUUUGGAUUUAUUUUCCACAAUAUUUUUUAUUUUAAAAAACUUGUGACCUAUUGGAAAUAGUGCACUGCUAACUUGAAAUUUUGUGUAUGUGUGAUUGUUUAAGCAGUAUUAAGUUGAAGGUGUAAUUUUAUUUUAUUUUUCUAACUGAAGGUGGCUGUCUGCUAAAAGCCAACAUUAAGCCAAAACACCCACUUCAGUGUGGGUGAGAAGUCCGACCCCCAAAGAAAUCAUCUUUUAAAAAUCUCCUGUAAAGAAGAAAUUCUUUAUUAGAUUAUACGACAGUGUUAGUCUUUGCCAAUGGCUUAUAAGUAAAUAUAAAUAACUUUGAACAGCCCUCUUUUAAAAUCUGUUCCUAAAUAUAAUAAUACAAAAUAUCAGUAUUUUAGUGUUGGUAAUCCAGCAUAUUUGAAGUAGAAUAGAAUGGGACAAAAAUCCUGUUAAAAGUAAAUCUUAUAUUCUACUUUUGUACCUAGCUGCCUUUAUUUUUUUACUUUUUUGCAUUGUUUUUAUUCUUCACUAAAUUUAUUUUGCACAGUAGUGUUUACAAAUCUGAUAUGUUGUAACUCUGACAAAAGGUUGCUAACUAACCCCUGUUGAUUUGUCAUCUUGUGACUGAUUUUCUGCCUCUAAGGAUUUUCUUUUUUUUCACCAGUAGCCACUAUACUCCUUAGGAUCCUACCAGUGUCAUUUAUACCCUGUUGGUCAUAAGUAAGUCUCAUGACAAGUCUCCAAGUCCUAAUGAAGAACUGCCCAACCAAAAUCUUGACUCUAGAAUGGUGCAGAAAAGUCAGUGCCAUUAAGAUGUCAAGUUGAUCUUCAGUUAUAUCUGUUGUAACACCUCAACUUUGAGUACAAAUUGGAAGUCAGUGACUCUUGUCUUGUAGGAGAAAUCUUAGAGAGGCAUUUCUUCUCCAUUAUUAGUUAUGAGGUACCUUUGGACUCUGGAUGUUACCUCUCAUUUGAUCAAAUACCUGAUACACAUUUUCUCAAAACAGUUAAACUGAUUAAGUUUUAAGAUUUGGUCUUCUAACUCAAUCUGACAGAUUCUGUGCACCCAUCAUAAUGGAUGUUUUAAGAGAUUGGUUAAUUCUCUAUAGAAAGCUGUAGACAUCUUCUGGGAGAUUUUGGCCAUGACUAGUAUUUGUGUUAUUGUUCACUCUCUGUGAAGGUUAUACAUAAUUACUGUAGCAGCAAAAUUGUGAUAAUGGACUAGCUCUCUUUGCCCCAUACUGUUUCUUUAGCCCUGUCUUUGUAUAUAAGUAACAAUCAUAGGCCUACCCUGACUUGGAAACUGGCUUGAGAAAGAACUUGGUUAUUUAUACCACCAGUUAAUUUAGAUGAUACCUUUAACUGUUUACUAUUUUUAUCUAAUCAAGAGCCUUUUUCUCCUUGGAAAUUUAUAUGGUUUAGGUUCUGAGACCAAAAUGCAAGGAAGUUUUGUUUAAUGACAGGAGUCAGAAUUUAUUAUUUCAAACAGUUUAGUUGACAUUUACAACAUCAGUCAUUUCUCCUUUAGGUUUCCCUAAAUUAGCUUAAUGGAGUGAGACAUGAAAACAUCUACCCUUGGAAUCAAAGCAUAGUAAAAACUACUUGUACCUGGAGUAACUUAAUAUCAUAACUGUCUAGCUAGCCCAAGGAGUGAGGGUACAGUAUUUUGCUUGGGCAAAAAUCUGAGACUCAUGUUCCUGCUUCCGUUGUACAGGAAGGCUUAAGUUAGAAUGUGUAAUGGGGGCAUCGCCUCCAAAUUAAGUGAGUGAUGGGUUAACUAGAAAAUGUGACAGUCACAUUUCCUCUUUGUUCAAAUAAUUCUGUUUUUCUAAAGCAUUAGCAGCUUAAUUAAAUCCAUUGGGCUGGGGGAGGAAGAGAGAACUGUUCUCUAGCAGUUAACAUGAUGGUAUUCUUUAAGAAGGAAAAAAAUAAAGCCAAAGAAAACUCAUCAGACAUGUUUGAAUUAAAGAUGGCAGUAGAUAGAAUCUGACUUUGUAAUCUGUUUUUAGUGCUGUAUAUCUCAUAUUUGGUGUUGGCCUCUAAAUCUAAUAUUCCAGGUGUAAUUCUUGGCUCCAUGUUAUUUUGCUUGAGUAAUGGAUAUAUACAUUUAACUUGACUGCCUAGCUUUUUGCAAUCAGCAUUCUCACCACAGGGUCUCGACAAAACAGAAUAAGAAUGUACUGUUUACAUAGUUGUGAGAGACAGAGAUACCCGGUAGCUUUGCUUCUAAUGCAGACCCUGAUUUACUUGAGUUGUUACCAAGACCAGUUAUGAAACUGAAGUUUGGUGCCUCCUCUUUAUCAUGUUUUUUUUCCCUUCGUAGCAGUUGUGUUUAAUGUCAUUAAAAAGAAAUAAAAGUUCUUGUCAGUGGCAUA